CCGCAGCGGUCGCGGUGUCGUCGGUAGUUCAGCGCCAGGAGUCGGAUGGAAUGAAGGGGCCCCAAACUUGUAGACUUGCAGACAGGUAGGGGGAAAGCCGAAUCCAAGUUGGAAUUGUAGAGGCACAAAAGACCCUCAGAUCAAAUACUGUAGUUCUUUCCUUUGAAGGUUUCGAGGACAGCUCGUUUUGGAGAUACACCCGGUCGUAUUCAUGUCUGUUUCUGAAAGCAUCGGUGGUGAGUCAAGGCAAAUUGAGGCUCAAACGUUCCGGCGCAAAGAUUGCCAAGAGAGUCCUUUUAUAGGAAACAUGUUCGAUUUUGAUGAGUUGGAAGAGAAGGAGGUGAAGGAGGAGCAAUCCAUGUCGACGUCGACUUCUUUAGAGGCCAAAGCAGCAGCACCGCCGGAGAAAAAGAAAGAGAUAGGAAAUGCAGCAGGUCAAUCCAAUGCUUUGCAGGAGGCUCAGGAAUGUGGGCAGUCCGUGCCGCUGGCUGUCGAGGCUGAGUCAAAGUCAGAUUGCAGGUCUUGUAUUGAUGGCGUGUUGAAAUUAGUUAGACUUCGAAGAAAUUAGUUGACGAAGCUGAUCCAUGAGCAACAGCAGAGCGCCACUUUCUAUGCAGACUGCAGAAGAUUUACGACUUGCCGUGGACCACCAGCGAGGGGUCAGCUAUUAGAUGCUUUGUGCUGCCAAGCAGUCAAAGCGACACGGGCACCAGGAGCAAAAAGGGCCCAUCGCUUCGUGCUCUGCGUGGUUCGGGGGACGGACUGAGAUCAAUCCACCUGCCCCCCGUCCCUUCCAGGGUCAAACUGAUCGGUGGAGAUCGAACGUGCACUUCCACGCCCCCGCCCCAAAGACGGUCCACUUCUGAGCCAACUGGAUGGUCUGGAAAGGUCGGUGGAGGGCUGAAGACGAAUUCGCGAGAAGUUCCAGCGACCUGUGAGGUUUUUCGAAAAGACCCUCGCACUUUCGUAUCUAU